UAUUAUAUAAAAUCACAACCGACAAUGGAAGACAUUUUUUGGACUUGUGCCCUGACCGGGACUUGAACUCGUGAAAUCGCUUGUCUGAAGUCAAAUACACUUUACCGAAUGGAUAUAUUAUGUGGUAUAUAUUAUAUACAUGUAUGUGUAAACUUUUAAUGUUGAUAAAACAGUUACAAAUGUGAAUUCUGGAUUAAAAAACCAACAGAAUUGUUCAUCGAACAGGAUCAAAGACAUCGCGUGGCAUUUUUAUUUUAGUUUGGAAGGAAAUAGACGAAUAGAUACAUUCCGCCUCAUUGGUGGGGGAAGAGCGGCCACAUACAGACCAUCGUCUAUGCAAAGUUAGGUAGAGUGAGCUCCCCUUUCCCCAAGGGAGAGCGACACCAUGUCGUGCUGUCCGAUGGUGCUACGAUGGUGUACGAUGUGUUCCCACCGCACAAAGCUCACGAAUCAGGAGGUGACUAUACAAUCACGGUAUGUCCAGGAAUUGCCAACUCCAGCGAAGCCUCGUAUAUCUGUACAUUUGUAAACUAUGCUCAGGAGAACGGCUAUCGUGUCACCGUCCUAAAUCACCUUGGUGCUAUAUGAAGUGUCAAACUUACCAGCUCGAGAAUUUUCACAUAUGGUGGUACAGAAGAAUUUCACACGAUGAUACAGGAAAUCCGACAAAUGUACCCUAGGACCAAUCUCAUUGCCUGUGGCUUCAGUAUGGGUGCUAAUAUUGUUGUCAAAUACCUCGGAGAGAAACCGGAAAAUCAGCAGCAGUUUCUCUGUGCCUUAUCUAUCUGUCAGGGCUACGAUGUAACUCGUGCCACUACAAUGCUCCAAGACUGGCGAUACCUACGUCGUGUGUACCUGUAUGCCAUGACAGCCAAUCAGAAGGGAAUGAUGAGUCGUCACCAUGACAUCCUGAUGGAUGAGAAACUCUUGGAGAAUAGUAACAUAGACCCCAAUAAAGUGUUCAGCUCGACGUCCCUCGUGGAAAUAGACGAGCACUAUACCAGAAGAAGACUUGGCUAUAAAUGCCUUACUGACUACUACAGUUGGUGUAGUUGUAGACCAUUCAUGCAUGACAUUGAAAUACCCCUGUUUCUGCUGAAUGCUGAAGACGACCCCAUCGUACCAAUGGCCUUGGUUGAUGUGGCGAAAGACUAUGCAAUAAAACAUGACAAGAGUCUGUUAGCUGUGACCAAACAUGGCGGCCAUCUUGGAUACUUUGAGGGGAAGGGUCUAUGGGCCGAUCCCAUUACGUGGCUGGACCGUUCCAUUAUCCAGUACACUAACGCCAUCAUCGCCUUCCAUAUCCGUGGGAAAUUGUGACGUCGAUCUAAGUCUUAGUGAGAAUUGUGAUAAUCUGCCUUGUGAUGAGGCAAUCUGUCAACAGAUCAAAUGAUGAUGAAAUACAGAUAUCAUUUUACGCUAUGUUAUGACGAUCUAGCAGUUGUAAGUAGUAUAGAAUGAUGACCUGUAUUUAGAUCACAUUGGUGCUGCUAAUAUUGUAAUACAGUAUGUUAUGUCAAUGCCUUACAUAUUUGUGUAUAAUUGUGUUUAAGGCCAAAAAAACUAAUUACUUGGUUCUCAGGCCCUCCCACAUCAGCUUUAAAAUAGAAAUAGCCAUAACUUUUUCCUGAUUUAAUAAAACAAAAAGAAAGUGGAGAACAUCCCCAACAGACCUUUCACCUGGUAUAUCCAUUAUAAUUAACCAUAACAAUAGAGUACGUGUUCAUUAAUAUGAAAAAAGACAAAGAACCUUUUGAUGGAUUGAUGGGGCUUCAUGUCCUUUUUCUGGUAAUCGACACUGAGAAAUUAUGAUAAUCAAUGUUUUCCACAUUUUCAAAGUGAAUUAUGAUUAGUUUGAAAAAAAAUAUAAAUUAUCAAUGAUUAUCUUAAAAGAUCGUUUUUAUCAGAAAGAAAAAUUCAUUCGGUUAAAAUCCCCGAGCAUGGGCUUAUACCCAGUAAAAUAUAAUAUGGAAGCCUCAUUUGCUUUUUCACCAAUAGAAUGAUAAAAAAAACCUCCCACAUCUCCUUUUAGAAAAAUUGGCCAAAGAACCAAGUAAUUAAUUUUAUUAGCCUUAAAUGCAAGUCUGUGGGAACAUUCACUGCCUUAAGUUUGGUGUUUCUGAUGAUGCUUUGAUUAUGUGGUACGAUAUGUGCUGUCUAUGCCUAACUGUAAUUGUGUUUAUGAGAUUAUUCAUUGGUCUGGACUCGUUGUUUCUGAUCAUGUUAUGAUGCUUUAGUAGAAUAUGCUGUCACUGCCUUCCCUGAUCAGUGGUAGAUGUCAAUGCUAUAGUAACAUAAUCCAUCAUGUACACAUAUUGCCUUGAUCUUUAGUCGUUAGGAGGAAUCGUAUAAAAAUCUCUAUAAGGUAAUUGAUAUUAUUUUUUGAAAAUUUGUACUGAUUUAAUACGAUCCAAGGAAAAAUCAUAUAAAAAUCUUUAUAAGGCAUUAACAUUAUUUUUCGAGAAUUUGUUCUGCUUUAAUACGAUCCAGGCCUACUGACUGAGAUUUAGAUAGAUAAGAGAUUCAAAUAUUUUAGAGUGACUAUUUGUCAGGUAUGAGCCGAUAUCUGAUCUUGUUAGGAUGAUCGGUCUAGAAUCUAUUAUUGGCAUCAAAAAGAGAAAUCUACUUCCAAAAUCAAAGGGUUUUAUGCUUUGCAUACAUAGUUAGCCAGUACACAGACUUAAAACAUAAAACCUCAUUGAUAUUUAGGUUUUCCGGAUUGCAAUGGCAAGGAAAAUGAAUUCAGUCCAUAUCCACAGAAUGAUUCCAUCUUAUGUCAUGACUUAUUCCAAGGAUUCAUUGGGGAUAAAGUAAAUCGGAAUUGAACCUUUCAUUUUGAAGGAAGAUAUGAACAAAAUAAAAUGAAUUAAUUAAAAAAGAGUAGCUGGGACCAACACAGGUCUUCACUGACCCUGCUUUUGAUGUAUUUACUGGUGUCAGUCCAAUAACAAUGUUUUGUGGGUUUACUUGUACUUUUAUUUUUCAUUUAUCUUUCUUGGUACGUUUUAAAAAUUGUCACCAUCCAUUUGUAUCUGGUUUCAAUGGUUACAGGAAAACUUCGUUACAAAUUUUAAGUGUAUCUUUUCUGAAUUUGAAAUCAUUUUUGGUCACAGGAUAGGUACAAAUGUUCUUGGACUGGUGUAACAUCAAGGUCUGUUUACAUUCUGACAAAACUAUUGUUUAGAGAAAUAUUCUCGCGAAAAGUAUCUGAUUGUCUUGAAAUUUGAAUGAAUCUGCAGUAUAGUGCUAGGCUUUCCAUUAAUACUGGAUCAAAACUGCUGAGUAAUUCCGGAAUGAAUCUGCAGUAUAGUGCUAGGCUUUCCAUUAAUACUGGAUCAAAACUGCUGAGUAAUUCCGGAAUGAAUCUGCAGUAUAGUGCUUGACUUUCCAUUAAUACUGGAUCAAAACUGCUGAGUAAUUCCGGAAUGAAUCUGCAGUAUAGUGCUAGGCAACGUCUUAUUAAAAAGGUUACAACUCAUUAAAAAAGAAUGCAACUUUUCUCAUGAUAAAAAGGGUACAAUUUCUAUAAAAACGGGCAAACUGAUUUUAAAAAGGUAUGUUACUUCUCUUAUUGAAAAAGAGUGCAACUUAAUUAAAAAAGACGAUGGAAGUAUUUACUCAUUAAAAAAGGAUGUAACUUCUCAUUAAAAAAAGGAUACAACUCAUUAAAAAAAGAGUGAAACUUCUAAAUAAAAAUGGUAUAACUAAUAAAAAACGAUAAAACUUCUCUUAUGAUAAAAAGAGUACAAUUUCUCAUUAAAAUCGGACAAAAUGAUUUUAAAAAGUUUGUUACUUCUCUAAUUAAAAAAGAUUGCAACUUAAAAAAGAUGAAAUUUCUAUAAAAAAAAUGUAACUUUAAAAAAAAAGUAAUCUACUACUCUUAAAAAAGGAUGUUACUUCUCAUUUAAAAGGGUGAUGCAACUUCUCUAAUUAAAAAUGGAUGCAACGUCUCAUUGAAAAAAAGGAUGCAACUUUUAAUUAAAAUGGAUGUAACUUUUCAUUAAAGUAGAUGUAACUUCUCAUUAAAAAAAGGGUGCAGCUUCUCUAUUUCCUUUUCUUCUUAAAAUGAUGCAACGUCUCUCUUUAGAAAAUUGAUGUACAGCCCUCAAUAAAAAUUGGAUGCAACUUCUCAUCAAAUAAACGAUCUACCACCUUUAAUUAAUAUAAUGCUUAGACGAUUUAACAUUUUUGAUAAUUGGUUGGUAGGUCGGCGUCAGCUUUAAAGGCAUUUAUAUCCACUGUGGCUGAAGGAUAACGAAUGGUCCUUAUUUCAAUAGUUGAUUGGUAGGUCGGCUUUAAACUUUGGUUCUGUUAUGAUUUCUUUGAAGGCAUUUAUAUCCACUGUGGCUUAAGGACUGCAAAUGGUCCUUAUUUCAAUAGUUGAAUGGUAGGUCGGCUUUAAACAUUGGAUCUAUCAAUUGUGGUCAUAGAACGACAAACGGUCUCUUGCUUUGAAAGUCGUAACAGAGGAAAGCACUGGCAAAUUUCAGCGUCUGUAAUCUUCUAUGGCUAAUGGAUAAUACAUGGUUCUUAAGUUAAUAGUUGAUUGGUAGGUCGGCUUUAAAUAUUGUAUCUUACCAUUGUGGUCUUAAAACGAUAAACGGUCUCUUGCUUUCAAAGUCGAAACAGAGAAAGAACUGGCAAAUUUCAGCGCCUAUACUCAUCUGUUGUUUAAGAGCAGUGGAUGGUCCCAAUUUUGAUAAUUGCUGGAUAGGUUGGCUUUAAAUAUUGGAUCGGUAAUGAUUGCUCUAAAUGCAUCUAUAUCCAUUGUGGCCAAUGGACAACGAAUGGUCCCUAUGUUAAAAAAUAGUUAAUAGGUAGGUCGGCUUUAAACAUUCCAUCCGUGUUGAUUACUUGGAAGGCAUUUAUAUCCAUUGCGUCUGGAGGACAACGAAUGGUCCUUAUUUCAAUAGUUAAUAGGUAGGUCGGCUUUAAACAUUCCAUCCGUGUUGAUUUCUUUGAAGGCAUUUAUAUCCAUUGCGGUUGGAGGACAACGAAUGGUCCUUAUUUCAAUAGUUGAUUGGUAGGUCGGCUUUAAACAUUGGAUCUAUCCAUUGUGGUCUUAGAACGACAAACGGUCUCUUGCUUUCAAUGUCGAAACAGAGAAAAGCACUGGCAAAUUUCAGCAUCUAUAAUCUUCUGUGGCUAAUGGACAAUAAAUGGUCCCAACUGUUGGAUAGGACGGCUUUAAAUGUGAUGAUUUCUUUAAAGGCAUUUAUAUCCACUGCGGUUGAAGGACUGCAAACGGUCCUUAUUUCAAUAGUUGAUUGGUAGGUCGGCUUUAAACAUUCGAUCCGUGAUGAUUUCUUUGAAGGCAUUUCUAUCCACUGCGGUUGAAGGACAUCAAAUGGUCCUUUUUCAAUAGUUGAUUGGUAGGUCGGCUUUAAACAUUGGAUCAGUUAUGAUUACUUUGAAGGCAUCUAUAUCUAUUUUGGUUUUAGGACGACGAAUGGUAUCUUGCUUUGGAGAUCAAAACAGAGGAAAGACCUGGCAGAUUUAAGGUUUCUAGAAAUAUGUUUUUCUAGUUUCCUUAGGAAAGCCAUGGUUUCUUGUUCUAAUGACAUUGAUGACUUGCUGAGUGCUAGCAAUUCUUGACACGUUAGAAUGAUGUUUCCUUUGUUCUUCAUCCUUACGAGUUCGUGUUCUAAGUCAACCCAUCUGGCAGAUACAGCUUUUUUCCAUUGAGUAAGUGGAAUAAUAUUUUCGUGAUAUAAUUCACCUUGUUCUUCAUUCUGACAAGCUUGUGCUCUAAAUGAACCCAUCUGGCAGGUUUAGCUUUCUUCCACUGAGUAAGUGAAAUAAUCUGUAUGAUAGAACUCAUUUUAUCAUACGCGUCUUCUUAAAUGUCAUAAAUUAAAAAUAAUGGCAGAAUUAAAAAAAGUUAUUUUCAUCUCCUCCUUAGUUACAUAUAUCACUGUAGCUUAAAUUAAAGCUUACCUUUGUAGGUACAUACUUAUAUACAAUGUAUAUGGAAAGCAUAACACAUAUCUGUUAUUUAUUAAACGUAUUCCAGACAUCUUAGCAUGUUAACAUCUUAACACAAAGUCUACCAGCCACUUAGAUCUUGAUUAUAGUUUUGGAACGAAGCAAGACAAAAAACGUUUCGAUACGAGCUCUCCGAGUGUUAGUCGACCAUAUGUUGUCCUGAGUAGUAUAGUCGACCAUAUGUUGUCCUGAGUAGUAUGGUCGACCAUAUGUUGUCCUGAGUGGUAUAGUCGACCAUAUGUUGUCCUGAGUGGUAUAGUCGACCAUAUGUUGUCCUGAGUAGUAUAGUCGACCAUAUGUUGUCCUGAGUAGUAUAGUCGACCAUAUGUUGUCCUGAGUAGUAUAGUCGACCAUAUGUUGUCCUGAGUGGUAUAGUCGACCAUAUGUUGUCCUGAGUAGUAUAGUCGACCAUAUGUUGUCCUGAGUAGUAUAGUCGACCAUAUGUUGUCCUGAGUAGUAUAGUCGACCAUAUGUUGUCCUGAGUAGUAUAGUCGACCAUAUGUUGUCCUGAGUGGUAUAGUCGACCAUAUGUUGUCCUGAGUAGUAUAGUCGACCAUAUGUUGUCCUGAGUAGUAUAGUCGACCAUAUGUUGUCCUGAGUAGUAUGGUCGACCAUAUGUUGUCCUGAGUAGUAUAGUCGACCAUAUGUUGUCCUGAGUAGUAUAGUCGACCAUAUGUUGUCCUGAGUAGUAUAGUCGACCAUAUGUUGUCCUGAGUAGUAUAGUCGACCAUAUGUUGUCCUGAGUAGUAUAGUCGACCAUAUGUUGUCCUGAGUAGUAUAGUCGACCAUAUGUUGUCCUGAGUAGUAUGGUCGACCAUAUGUUGUCCUGAGUAGUAUAGUCGACCAUAUGUUGUCCUGAGUGGUACCCUAUCUCCUGACAGUUGUUCUAGGCGGCACGUAUUCAUUCAUAAUGCCUAAGUGACUGUCGGGUUUGAGGGCUAGCCCAACUUGACCAGGGCCCAGUUGUUCAAAAGAUGAUUAGCUUAAUCACUUUAUUAGUGAAUAUCUAAUUUCUCCUUUACUUCAAAACCCGAGUGUGUGCAUGUCUUAAAAUAGGCAGGUAGGAAGAGAAUGACAAGUGUUACCAUUUCAUGAAAUUUUGUUAAGUUCAUUUUACCAGAAAUGUUGAAAUCGGGAUUAUAAAAUUGUUGUUAAACUGUGAUUAGCCUAAUCAUCCUUUGAACAACCGGGUCCAGGGCUGUCAAAAUAUUUCUUAUUUUGGAUUUUUUCCGGACUUUCUGGAACCUAAAGUAUGUAACCAAAGAUAAAGUAGAAGCUAAUGAGGGAUGUCUUCUAUCCGAAUUAAGGCUUUUAACCUUUUAAACAAGACCCAUCAGCGGUUCAUUCACAUAAACAUUUCUCAGUACCAUUUCAGUAUCUGUGUUGCACUUUGUGAAGGACACUACCAAGUCUGAUAUGGAAACCUAUAUUAUUACCACGCAUUAAAUAACCUCUCUCACCAAAAAUCAAAUCAGCCGAACAUAGAACAAUACCCUUUGCAUUCCUAUAGUAUAUUUAUAAUCUCCAUCAUAAAGAUAUUUAUAAUCUGCAUUAUAAAGACCUGUCAAUGAUACUGGCCAUCUUAGUCACUAGCGACAAAAUCAUUUUUACAUUCUCUUGCAUGCCGGUUUUUGUUUCCUAAGCAUAAAGAUAUAUGUAUAUAUCGAGAAAAAAGCUCGUAUCUAUGUAGAAUAUAUAAAAAAUACAAAUGAAACUUAACGACAAUUUCUAGCCCUUCCUGUAGAGCAGCAAUAGUCGUGAGAGGGCUCGAAAGUUUGUCGUUAAGUUUCGUUUGUUUUUAUAAACUACUCGUAAUAACAUGAUAAUGGGAUAUGAAUGUAAAUGUAAGGUUCAUAGAUAAAUGAAUGAAUAAAUAUAUGAAUGAAUAAAUAAAAAGUUGACCCUCAGCACUAAGGCUUUUUCAUUAGAGGUCUGAUAUAAGGUCAUAGGUCAUGUCUGUUUGUUGUCCGACAGUUUUGUCUUUUCGUUAAAAUUUUAUUUAGAUUAUGUAAAAUACAAAUCUUUUUCUAUAUUGUGAUCAUAACUACACUAUUGUUUGUAUUUCUAUGUCCUAUUUUUGUUAUUCUUUACUAAAUUACUUUGUUUCUAUUUUUUACAUAUUGUUGUAUGUAUUGUAUUCGCAUCAACACAAUAUGUCUUCUUGACUUAUCAAAGUUAUAGUUAUACAAAAUUGUGUCUUUGUCAACCAAAUGUGUCUUUUAUACAAAAUCAUGACUAUUAUCAUUCUUGCCUUUAUAUAAUAUCAUUGAAUGACCAAAUAAACGUAAGAUGUUUACCAUAGUUUUAACAUACUUGAAUUAUUUCAUUUCGAUGCUUUACAUUUUCUUUUAUUUUAUGAAAAGUUUGAAGUUGAUGUUAUCAAGGGAAAUUAUUUCUUUAUCAAUUUUAUUUCCAAAACAAAUAUUGUUCUCCCAGAAAAGUACCCCGGGAACAAAUCAUUUACAGUUAAGUUUCUGGAAUAAGACAAGGCUGAGUUUUUCUGAGAUGGCAUUGCAAAAAGUUAUACAUUCGGUUUGACGAGAUCUGAAUGCACAUUGUUAGAUGUUUUGAUGUUACACAAGUUAUGUAGAAUAUUUUAGGUAAAUAGAGGUGAUAUUUUGUUCGUAAUUACAAAUGUUAGACGAGUUAUUUCAUAUAUAGUAUAAUAUAUACGCAUGCUGCUGUUGUGUUAGUUACUAAUUGUUUACAACUUUUGUAUUAAAGACCACAGUUGUUUACGCUUAUUGUCUCUGGACCACUCUGCACUAUUGCUAUGGACUCAUUUCUAUGUAGAUCUCUGAAUCAUCAAGCAAGAGAAAUACUUCCGUCAGCAUAACACGAUUAUUUAGUCUAUGUUUCGUGUAAAAUCAUAAUAGUUGUGAACAUGUGGAUAUUUUCUGGUUUCUGAUUUAUUCGAAAAAGUGAUGUUUAAAAGUUCCUGACUUGUCUGGGGAACAUAACGUACUUUUAAUAGUUUUAUGAUUUUCUGGGAAAUUAUUGUGCUAAUAAUAGGAUUAUUAAUUGUCUUGGGGAAAAAUAACGUGCUGAUAAUAGAUGAUUGUGAUUUUAUUGAAAAUUUCUGGGAAAUUUUCGUGCUGAUAAUAUAGGUUUCUGAUUUUCGUAGGAAAAUAACGUGCUUAUAAUAAUUUUCUGAUUUUCCAGGAAAUUUUCGUGCUGAUAAUAGAUGGUUCUGAUUUUUCUGGGAACGUUUAUUUGCUGAUAACAACUGACACAAUCGAUCGGAAAUUUUUAGUGAAAAAACUGCUGAUAAUAGGUGUUCGGAUUUGUCUGGUAAAAUAACAUGCUGAUGAUACAUUGAAGGUUUAUAAAUUUCGCUUGAAAGUUUCUUUUAGUUGUUCAAAUCCUUCAUAAUCUGAUUGAUACGAGGAAUUGUUUGGUAAUCAUAUGGCUUCAGUGUUCCUGGAAAGUUAACGUGUUGAUACUAGGUCUAUGGGAAAGGUUAUUACUACACUUUAAAAAUAAUAAAGUACAUUUUUGUUAAUUCAGAAAUCGAUAUUAACAACUGCUGAUAUAACUCCUCCUUAUAAAUCUUCAAUUUACAGAAAUAUGUUUUCUUUGUAUUGUACUGAAAUUUGUUUUGGGAAUCUUUUGAGAAUCUGCAAAAUAUUUUUUGUUGAAAUACAUGUAUACUUUUAAUUCAUUUCUUUAUAAUGAUUUUUGCUAUUUGGUCCAUGUAAGUCAUUUUAUUGUUUUUCUCUUUUUUUUUUCUAUUAAAUAUUUAGUGAUUUUUGAAUAUUUUGUUAAAUAUGUAUAUUUUUUAAUUGGAAUGUUAAGUUUUUUUUAAAGUGUUCAAUAUUUUUUCUGUUUUAAAUUAAAAUGUUUUUCAACAUAUAUGUAUUGAACACGUGACGGGCGAGAGUGCUAAAUAUGCGUUUCCUCUCGCGCCCUGCAAUGGAAUGGAUAUUGUGGUCUUUCGUAGGUUCACUAAUGAUUAAAAAAGUGUAAAACAACGAUAUUUCAUUUCCUGUAUUUCACGUAUGCAACUUAGAUAGACGAGUGUGUUUAAGAAUGCGUCUCCGUCUGUUUAGGAAAAACAUGUUGAUUAAAUAAAAUUGUGAUAUUCUUAAA